AUGGCUUCAACAAAUUUGCCUUCAGGUGCAAGCAAGAAGUUCAAACCUACAGAUAAAGAACUCAUUCAAGAUUUUCUCCAUAACAAAAUCAAUGAGAGGCCUUUACCAAACUAUGAAACCAUUCUUGAAGGUGAAUUGUUUGGUACGGAGAAGAAUCUAUUGAAAAUUUGGGAAGAACACGUUGAAAAUUUUUAUCACGGGAAGGACCUCUAUUUCUUCACUACUCUGAAGAGAAAGUUCUCGACUAACAGCUUGAGGAUGGUUCGCACCAUCGGGUUGGGUUCUUGGGAAGAUGAAGACAUCGGAAAAGAGAUUAUGGCCAAUAAAACUAACCAGUGCAUUGGAAUGAGGAAAUGA